UCCAACAUUUAAGGACUCAUUUUUCUGCUUUGUUCGGUUUAAGAACCUAGGUCAUUUUUCACUUUUAGAGGGAAGUUUCAAGGAUUAGUAUUGUGAAUUCGAUCGCUGUGAUUUGUCAGUAAUUAGUUCGCGAGAAUCAGGCUGAUGUGUGAAUCAUUAAUUCAGAAGAAGGGAUACUGGCACAUAUAGUUGAAAACAGACUUAGAUUUCUUGUUUAUUUUAAGGAACGUUUAGAUAUUUAUUAUAAAAUAGACUUCGGAAAUGAGUUCAACGAAAGUGGCACCGGUGAUACCCAUUCCUAAACGGGCGAACGGGUUUUCUAUAGAGUCAAUCAUGAGGAAAGACAGCCAGCGUCCUUCAACGUCAUCCGGUGACGAAAGCGACUCCGAGAGCGCCGACGACGCACCCCGCCGCCCUCCGUCCCACGAGGACUACCACCCCCAGUCCCUCGGCGCGAGAAUACCUCCCCUUCACCCUGCACUUCCGGCGCACGUGCAACAGUUGCUGCUCAGGGACGCAGGUGGACAUGGCGCCGCUGAACUGCUUUCAAUGCGAUCCCAGGCGCUUGCUUUUGGUAACCACCAGCUUGCUGGGAUCCCUGGUCUCGGAGUUCACGGUGCAGCUGCGCUUCCGGGUUUCGCCUCUCAGUUCGGGACUCACCAAGGCCCGCUCCACCAUGGCCUCGCCCCCCAUCCUGGGUUGCUGUCUACAGUCGCCGGAAGGGAGCCGCUCAACUUUCCCCCAUGGAUGUACAAGCCGGGGUUUAUGGGAUAUCCUUUUGGUCCCCCUGAGGGCGGGCUCUUCUUCCAUCCCUACCGAAAGCCUAAGAGGAUACGUACGGCGUUCUCCCCGUCCCAGUUGUUGAAGCUGGAACACGCCUUUGAGAAGAACCAUUACGUGGUUGGGCAGGAGAGGAAAGAGCUGGCGUCCAAACUCAACCUUACAGAGACGCAGGUGAAGGUCUGGUUCCAGAACAGACGCACGAAGCACAAGCGAGUCAGAUCGGACGAGGAGGAGGAGGAGGAAGAUGGUGAAGCAGAGGAUAUUUCUGUGGAUGAUGACGUCAUCGGACCGACUUCAAGUCACGUGACUAGUCCUCGACUUGAUCAGCAAUCCGGACGCGUGGAUUCGGAUAAUUACGAACACAACACAAGUACUGAAAGUUUACGGGAAUACAAAUCAUGAAUCGGGAGUCCUUGUGUAUUCCUUUGACAAAAGAUAGUGUGAUAAGCAACACAAGAAGUGCGCCAUUUUAAGUUGCAAACCAAACGACAAUUAACGUCGGAGUGUAUGUGUGGAGCAUAACUUAAAUUACACGUAUUGCAUACUUUUAACGAUAUUAUUUUUAUGAAUACAUGUUCACUUAUUUUACAGAAA